UGCACUUCCUACGGCUGCAAGUGCUACUCUAUUUAAACUCGGGCUUUCGUAUUAUUUGAAGCGAAGCAUAUGUUAAGCGAAUGGAGGAGGUUGGAAACACUGAUGGACGCUGUUUUUCUCGUUUGGAAGAGCUUCCCGACGUUUUACUACAACAGAGGGUUUUACCCCUGUUAAAUGCUACUGAUCUUGGACGCUUGGCCUGCUGCAACACAAGGCUUCACACAGCAGCACUUGCAGACCAUUUAUGGUACCCUCUUUUCAUUCUACACAAUUCAUCCCUCAUAAAUAGACCUUACCGCAACAAAAAGAGAUUAAGCGAUCCUCCUCCAUACCCCUGGCAAUCUUGGCAUCAGGCAUUCUGCUCCAAGCAGAAUAUAAGAUGUGUUGAAUGCAAGGAACAUACUCCUUAUGUUUUCACCUUAUUGCCGUCUAAUGUCAGGCUUUGUGAAAGGUGUGAAUAUACCUGUCCCAAAUAUGCGCUUGUAACUGAACGAGAGGCAAGGGGUCGCUAUCUUCUUGAUGAUGAAGACCUUCACAAUUUACAAUAUAAGAAGGUGAGAAUAAGGAAAUUCUAUGUCUAUCUUUUCCUCAGAUCAGCUGUUGAAGCCAUUUCUCAUGGAAAGGGUGCAGACUUUGAAGGAAGAAAUCAGUUUAGGGACAAACAUGAGGAAGAAACAAAUGAAUGUUCUAUAGAAGCUAAUUGCAGUAAACCCCGUAUUGAAGCAUGGACAGAAGGUGAUGGAAGCAGCAGUGAAAGCAACAAGACUCAGGACGAUGAUGACACACUUGCAGAAGAUGUAUCUAAUACUAUGGUAUCAAGUGUGAUGAAUAAAAAUGAAAAGCCUCUGAAUGGUUCAGUUGAACUUAAACAAGAUAUGGCUGUCCAGGGAUUGGAGAAUGCAAAACAUGCUUCCGAUAGGGAAGAGAGGAAAGCCCUCCGCAAGGAGCACAAGCGGCAAGUAAAAGCAGAAAACAGAGAAAAAAGAUUGGGAAAGAAAUUGGGGAAAAGUCCAAAUGGGGAGCAUAGUUGUGCAGAAAAUAGUGGCAAGAACUCUUUCCAUUUGAAGGAGAUUGAAAAUGCAGAUGAAAAUUUGAGUAUUGGUGACUCAGGCAAAUUUAAGAAAAAACAUAGGACAAAAAGAGACCAUGUGAGUGCAUCUAAAGGAGUGUACAAGAAAGAACAAUUCCUUGGAUAUAAUUCUCAACUGACAACCAAGUCUCUGAGUGAUUGGGUACAGGAAAGAGAUUGGCUGGAAUCAGAGUUGGGACGGAAUGGAAUUUCUGCAUUAGAACUGGCUCAAUUUUGAGCUCUCAAUCAUUUUAUUUUAUUUUGAGAAUGAGUCUGUAUAUAGUUGUGGUGCUCAGCUUCACGAGAUAAAAGUUGUAUUUAGCUAUACAAGAUCUAUGAAGUCAUGCUUUUCACUCCUCAGAAGAUCCCAGAUGCUGUCUUUACUGGGAUAGUUUUCUGUAUUGCAUCUUUUCGUGGGGUUCUACCUAUCGAUCAAGUGCUUUUGCCUUUGAAUCAUGUUUCCCAGUCGUGGUUUUGGGGCACAGCUCGAGUUUCACCUGUACCUGGGGGAUAGAAGGGACUGGUAUAUAUUUGGGUUUCAUAAAAUGAAUGUGUACAUAGUUUAUAGAUUUGUAUUAGUUGCGUGAUUUUUAUUCAUUUAUUCCUCAUUUCUACUUUGGAUAGGAUGAAUCAAAAAACAAAAUGCCAGAGCACUUUUCUUAAUCAAUCUCUUCCUAUUUUGGACGAUUCCUUCAGUCUCUUAAAUUUAAUGAUCAUAUGAGGUCAAACUUGAAUACAUUCAACGCAAAUUCUGGUGUAAGUCAUGGCCUUGAAUUGAUAAUGCUGUAUUGUAAGAUAUUCUUGAAUAA